AUGGAUUAUACAGAUCUUGCUGAUAUUGCUCAGCAAUUAUCUGACCUUGAAGUUGCCCUUUUACUGUGUCUUGUCGCCCGCGAACAUUGCUUGAUCGAGACCACCAGCCACUGUAUCAAUGACCUCGCCAAAGAACUUGCCUUAAUUGGCUCAACUACAUUCGAUUACUCAUAUUGCAUCCUUGAUUGUUCAUCUGCAACAUCUAUCGAGGAUAUCUUCAAUGACGUCCUCACCCCAGGUGCACGCGCAAACUAUCGCCCAUUGCGCCCGUGGUUAACCACCGAAUCAUCAAGCAACCGUUCUUCAUAUAAAAGUUUUGGGGAUUACAGCAAACUAUCAACUCCAAUCUCACAACCCAGCAGUAAUGUUGUCAAUAUUGUGGUCGCCAAAAACUUCAAUUUUGUCAGUGAUGACAUCCAAAUGCACAUGCUGCAGUUAAUGCGAUCCAGGGAGUUGGUUACUGAAAACGGGACGCUGAGUGCGCCUCAGGACUUUCUUUUCAUCCCUCUUGUGGCACGAGAUUUUGAUCAGCUCCGACCACCUUUGAAGUCACACAUUAAUGACAAUCUCUUCAUAUCUCAUUUCCACAGUCCGGAGGCUGGAUAUACCUAUCUUGAAGAAAAUGACUGGCUUUCGGAUGGAAAAGUUUCCGCUUCUUCUGUUAUUCAUAAGUCGAAGGGCAAGCAAUCGAAGAGUGCUACGGUCAGCCCAUUAGUGAUGGAUCAACUUCGAGAAACAAGUGCGUCGGUGAGCACGAGCGCGGAAAUCGUUCGAUACAUUCAAGAUAUUGUUGUAUUUCUGCGACUCAGUCGGGCUGUUGCAAGUGGCGUUUCUGCCAAUGCAAAUAUUCAAUUUUCUCGAUUUGCACAACUUCUAGCUCCUCUGCAUGGUAUCGAUUAUAUGACUCCCUCCAUCGUGGCUCUCGCCGCCAAGAAAGUCUUUCGACAUCGGAUUAUUAUCACUCCCCCCGGAGAAGACCGCAGUCUGCAGUAUGGAAGUAAUUUACACGCGAUAUCCCAUAUUCUCGCUGACGUGACGCCGGACUCAAUACUGGAUGGCGUUUUGGCGCUCGAGCCGCCUUUGUAA